AUGGGCUUGCUGCAGGGCCUUCUCCAAGCGAGGAAGCUGCUAUUGGUCAUCUGUGUGCCGCUGCUGCUGCUGCCUCUGCCUACCAUCUACCCCACCAGCGAGGCUGCGUGUGCUUACGUGUUGCUUGUGACCGCCGUGUACUGGGUGUCUGAGGCGGUGCCUCUCGGAGCUGCAGCCCUCGUGCCUGCCUUCCUCUACCCGUUCUUCGGCGUUCUCCGAUCCAGUGAGGUGGCGGCUGAGUACUUCAAGAACACCACACUGCUGUUGGUGGGUGUCAUCUGCGUGGCUGCGGCUGUGGAGAAGUGGAACUUACACAAGCGCAUUGCCCUGCGCAUGGUCUUGAUGGCGGGAGCCAAACCGGGCAUGCUACUCCUAUGCUUCAUGUGCUGCACCACCAUGCUGUCCAUGUGGCUGUCCAACACCUCCACCACCGCCAUGGUGAUGCCCAUUGUGGAGGCAGUGCUGCAGGAGCUGAUCAACGCCGAGGAGGAACAGCUGGUGGGGGCCAACGCCAGCCCCGAGGAGGCUGAGCUCAUGGGUCUUGACAACAGACAAACUUCCAUGGAACUUAUCUUUGUCAACGAAGACACGUCGGCUGCAGACUUCACUUCUCUGAUGCAGAACAAGAAUCUGAAUGGUGUGCCCAUGGUCAACAAAUCCAUCAAAACAGCAAACCAACAGCAACAGAAGAAGCAGCAGCCAUCACAGGAAAAACCAGGAGUCCUGACCCCCAGCUCCAAGAACCAAGAACUGAACAAGAAGUACAGAUCCCACCAUGACCAAAUGAUUUGCAAGUGCCUCUCUCUGAGCAUAUCCUAUGCUGCCACCAUUGGUGGCCUGACCACCAUCAUAGGCACCUCCACCAGCCUCAUUUUCCUAGAGCAUUUCAACAACCAGUACCCGGCGGCAGAGGUGGUGAACUUCGGAACCUGGUUCCUCUUCAGCUUCCCCAUCUCUCUCAUCAUGCUGGUGGUCAGCUGGUUCUGGAUGCACUGGCUCUUUCUGGGCUGCAACUUUAAAGAGACCUGCUCUCUGAGUAAGAAGAAGAAGACCAGGAGGGAGGAGCUGUCAGAGAAGAGGAUCCGGGAGGAAUAUGAAAAGCUGGGAGACAUUAGCUACCCUGAAAUGGUGACUGCAUUCUUCUUCAUCCUGAUGACCGUGCUGUGGUUUACCCGGGAGCCCGGCUUUGUCCCUGGCUGGGAUUCUUUCUUUGAAAAGAAAGGCUACCGCACGGACGCCACGGUCUCUGUAUUCCUGGGCUUCCUGCUCUUCCUCAUUCCAUCAAAGAAGCCCUGCUUUGGGAAAAGGAGUGACGGAGCAGGCCAGGAAGCCUCCAAAGGGAUAGAGCCCAUCAUCACGUGGAAGGACUUUCAGAAAACCAUGCCCUGGGAGAUUGUCAUCCUGGUGGGAGGAGGCUACGCCCUGGCCUCUGGCAGCAAGAGCUCUGGCCUCUCAACGUGGAUCGGGCACCAGAUGCUGUCCCUGAGCAGCCUCCCGCCAUGGGCUAUCACCCUGCUGGCGUGUGUCCUGGUGUCCAUUGUCACGGAGUUUGUCAGCAAUCCAGCCACCAUCACCAUCUUCCUGCCCAUCCUUUGUACCCUGUCCGAAACGCUGCACAUCAAUCCACUGUACACCCUGGUCCCCGUUACCAUGUCUAUCUCCUUUGCCGUGAUGCUGCCUGUGGGCAACCCCCCCAACGCCAUCGUCUUCAGCUACGGGCACUGCCAGAUCAAGGACAUGGUGAAAGCUGGCCUGGGAGUCAAUGUCAUUGGCCUGGUGAUAGUGAUGGUGGCCAUCAAUACGUGGGGAGUUAGCCUCUUCCACUUGGACACUUUCCCAGCCUGGGCUAAGAUCGGCAACAUCACUGAUCAGACCUAACACGGACGGACAGUUACCUGGCACAGCCAGAGCUAAGCCACGGGUGAAGAAAACCACCAGGAACACACACCCCAGAGCCAUAUGGAGGAGAUUCCCGCCACCAGAUCCUGCACCGGCCG